CGUCUUGACGUGUAUGAGGAAGUGUCAAAGGAUAUAUUUUCACUUUGUUUUCUCGAUUUUGAAUUAUGAGAAGAAAAAAAUAAGUGAAUUACAAUAAUAAAGCAGCAUUAUCAUUUAUGAACUAAAAGACAAUUUAAAGUAUCAAAAUGGUUUUAAUGACAAUGAUCGCCCGUGUUGUUGACGGGCUGCCUUUAGCCGCUACUAUGCAAGAGGACGAACAGAGCGGCUGCAAUGUAUUGGAGUAUCAAAAUCAAGCAAAAAUGCUGUUUAGAAAACUAACUCCGCAGUCUCCAAUACGCUGCUCGAUUGAAACUGGACCCUAUCUCUUCCACUAUUUGAUUGAGAAUGAAAUCUGCUAUUUAGUUCUGUGCGAGCGCAAUUACAGUAAACGACUUGCCUUCAGUUAUUUAGAAGAAAUUGCGCAGGAAUUCUAUCAACAGUACGGAAAAAGAGUGAACACAGUAACGAGACCGUACACAUUCAUCGAGUUCGACACUUGGAUGCAGCGAGCUAGGAAGCAGUAUGCCGAGGGGGGAGCGCGGGCGCGGCGGGCGGGGGCCGCGUCUCAGCUCGGCGGCCAGCUGGGAGACGUGCAGCGGAUCAUGAUGCAGAACAUUGAUGAUGUUCUGCAGCGGGGAGCUAUACUGUCUGAAUUGGAUACAAAGACGCAGAAACUCUCGAUGAUGUCUCAGAAAUAUAAAAAGGACGCAACUUACCUUAACACAAAAUCCAUGUUAGUGAAGGUUACAGCGGGAGCCGUCAUACUUCUCGUAUUUGUUCUCUACUUCUGGGUGCUUUAGGUUCCUAUCUGAUGUUUUAUUAUACCAAAAUUUGUUUUAGACACUGUUAAUUUAUUCAUUUUGUUAUUUUUUCAAUUUUUCCUCUUCUACCAAUAGAAUUUUAAUGACAUCAAUAUGCAUUGCUCAAUGAUUUCAUCAUGUUAAUUAUUAUAUAGAAACCUUUUUGUACUCUUCAAUUCAAUAGACAUAAUAUGUAAAACUAUAAAAUUUUGGUACAAUAUAACACAAGUUCAUAUGUUAGAUUUAAAAGUGAUCUAGCCGACUGACUUUGACCUUUUUAUAAUAAAUACCUAAAUGCAUUCCUUCAUAAAUAAAAAUUAAUUCAUUAAAAUAAAAUUUUCUAAAAAUAAAUGAAUACUUAGAAUUUCUAGUAUUGUAUGGGUAAUUUUUAUAUGUUGAAACAUGCUGUAGGUGUAGAUAUUAGUCAAAAAAUAUAUUUUAUUUAGGUAACACCACAUAACCAUAGAUAUGACAAACUGCAGUGAAAAUAUGCCUCAAGUUAGGGUUGUCAUCUGAACAAAAGCAACAUUUUUAUUGAAACAUAAAUUUUUUAUUGAUAAUGAUUGAUAUAUUAAAUUAAAUUUUAUCAAGAUUUAAAACUAUGUUAAAGUUGAGGAAAUGUAAGGACAAGAGGACUUGACACCUCUAAUCUUUAAAAAAAUAAAAAAAAAAAACAAUACAAUACAAAUAUACUUAUUGUAUGUAAAAAAGACCAGAACAAUAACUAAAGAAAAGUUAAACUAAAGUAUUUAUUAGGUAGCUUGAAAAUUCAAUUUUUAGCUUCUGAUUAAAGUUGCUUUAGCUUUCAAAAGGUUCAUCAAUUUAGCAUUAUGAAUAAGUUUAAUUGAUAGAUGAAAUAUUCACGAAAACUAACAAUUAUAAAGCAAUAAAAAACGAAAAGCUUGAUGUGUAAAAAUUAUUUUUUGUAUGUAAUUGCCAAUUCUAUUUUUUAUAACACUUAAGUGUGUGGACGGUUAUGGAAUGUUGUAAAUGUCUUGUUAAUAAAUAUUUUGUUUAUUUAAGAAAUAAUAAAUAUGUAUUCUUUCCAA